AUGGGAUCGGCCACCUCGGUCGAUGCUGGGGCAAUAGAUCCACGGUGGCGAAUGGAUCGCGGCCUGCCGCUGGGCAGCGCGGCCAGCGCCAAUUCCUACUCUCAGAGCCAUGCGCCAUAUUUCGGGUCGCCAGGCCAUCAUCGCUUUGCCGAUUGGCCUGACGCACCCGGAGGAGACCCGUGGCGCUCGACGCGGCCUUUCGGAGGCAGAGAUCCGGACGAGCGCACGCCAUCCUCUUUCCGCUCAGGAGCACGACAGGAUGGUCAUCUCCCACUGAAAGCACCAAGAAGUGGAGGAUUCGAACGGGAAGCACGGGGAGAUGCAUUUCAGCCAUUCCCGUCUUCAUCGCUUGGAUUUGGUCGUGACCUUGAGCCGUUUCACUCAAAGUCUCGCUUUACCUACGACCGCACCUUAGACAGUUUCUCGACCGCCAGUACGGCGGAGAGCCCGGGCCGGUUCCCCUCCUUGGGCAGCCCCAGCUCAGUGCUGGGCUCCAGUCCCUUGAGCGCCACCUGCAAGGCCUUCCCGCUGCUGGUUUGGGAUUGGGACGAUACCUUGAUGUGCAGCUCAGCCCUGAACACCGGCUGCUUUGCGGCCAAGCAGUUUCCACAGCUGGAAGUCUUGGUAGAGCAGGUGCUUACAGCCUCCAUGCGCCUGGGGGAGACCGUCAUCGUGACAAAUGCUGAUGAGAUGUGGGUGCAGGAAAGCGCUAAACGCUUCCUCCCGCGGGUGAUGCCGCUGUUGUCCCGCAUCCAAGUCAUCUCCGCGCGAAAGAGAUGGGAGCCGCGCUUCCCGGGGGACGUCUUCGCAUGGAAGCGCGAGGCCUUUCGCGAGCUGCUGUCCUCGUGGCAGCACACCGCUGCGGCGCCUGGGGGGCUUCACCUCAUUGUGCUGGGCGACUCCGCGGCUGAGAUGGAAGCUGCUCACACCUCCUCGGUGGGGAUGAUUGCGCCCACUGCGGUCAAGACGGCGCGGGGGUUCGGACGAAUGAUACAAGGAGGGAGCCUCCCGGAGCUACCAGGAGUUUUGUAG